CAGCUGGGACCCGAGUGGGACCAUUGCCGGAAAAUCGUUUGUAUUUACCAGAGACUCCCAUAAACCCACUAUCCGCUCAAUCUUGUCAAGAUGCGCCUCUGCCCUGUGGUCGUCCUGCUGGGCUGCCUCCAGGUGCUCCUGGCCUGCAACCAUUGGGUGCUGCGCGAGGAGCAGAUCGUCCCCAAGCUGGACUCACCGUUUCACAUGCGAGAGCCGCAGAAUCUGGCGGCAUUUAUGGAACAGAUCCGGUACAGCGAGUACGUGGAGCGCUCCUACCUGGACCUGCUGCGCAAGCGGGAGCAGAUUGUCGAGCACUUGCGCUUCUCCAUGCGCUUCGGCGAGGACCUGGCCGAGCAGGCCAAGUGCGCCAUGGACUACUACAUGCUGGAGAAGAGGAUGUCCUACCUGAAGAUCACUCCCGAGCAGCUGAAGAGGAUCAACCUGCCAGAGCAGAGGGAGCUGCACCACCAACAAGGCGGCUCGGGCGGCAUGGAGCCGGUGUGCAGCGACUACCACAAGCUGUCGGUGGGUCCCGCCACCUACGAUCACCUAGACAGCUUCCGACCGGAGAUCCUGGCCACGGCGUAUGUGGAGCAGGAGCAUGACCCGAAUGUGGGAACGGCAACAGUGGAACUGACGCGCCGAUUUGCGGUGGACGGCUUGAGGCAUCAUCCCUCGUCCUGGAAAUUCCACACCCUGAGCUCCUACUACUGGCGGAUGAAGGGAAACGCCAAGGAAGCCCUGCCCUGUGCACGACUGGCCGUCCAGCUGGCACCGCCCAUCUUCAAGGACAUUCCGCUGCUCAGCCUAGGCACCAUACUCUUCCGGAUGGGCCGCCUGGCCGAUGCGGACACCAUACUGACCGCCGCCGUGGAGCACGCCCCCCAGGUGGCCGAGAACCAUGUGGUGCUGGCCUCCGCGUUGGCCAUGAAGCACGACUUCAAUCGCUCACUGCAGCACUUCGACGAGGCGGAGCGCCUGGAUCCCAGCACCUUGCCGCGCACCCAGCAGGUGCGGAACUUCAUCACCUGCCUGGAGAACCUCACCAAGAAGACCUCCAAGAUGUACAGCUACGUGAAGUACAUGAAGAACGAGGUGAAGGAGUUCAAGAAGCUGAAGCAGCACAUCUCCCAAUCACACGAGCGCCUAAUCCAGCAACAGCUGCCAUUAGGGGCGCGCCGCUUGCUGGGAUUGGAUCCGCAGUCGGGCAACGAUGACCUCCACCGGCGGGGUCAGUACUGCAGCACUCGGACGCCCAACGGUUCGGACGAGCCGGUGCUCUUCUGUGACUUCUACUCGGACAUGCAGAUGCGGCUGGAGAGCAAGGACGUCGACAUCGAUGUACUGGAGCGGGAUCUGAAGGCCAAUACGGACGCAGUCAUCCGCCAGGUGUCCACCGAGAUUCGUAAGCAAUUCAAUCUGGAGCAACUGAAGGCCGCCAAGGCCCAGAUGCCGGCCAAGGCUACCAAGGCGACGUAGUGGGUCACCGAAUCACCGAAUCUAGUCUGCAAUAUACAUAUAUCUCCGGCUGGACAGGCACAUUCCCAAACCAAAUCGGGUUACCAACUAAUUAGCUUUUACUUUUAAUAUGUUUAGUGUUUUUUUUUUGUCAGUGUAUGUUGAGAGUGUGUGUGUGUGGGUGUGUAUAUAAGCGAUAAGUAUAUGGAACCGCAAUACUGGAUAAGUCUUCAGGUAUAGAUUAAUCCAACUAGUCGUCAUAAGAAAGGAUGUUUCACAUAUUUUAUGUUGUUCCAAGGAUCUUAGUGUUUAGUUUAUAAAA